AAUCAAUACCCUUUCCGUCUGAUGUCAUUGGAAGCAAACAUGAAAAAUGGCUCUCCUGAGAAAAAUUAACCGGAUCCUCCUGGUGCUGCUGGUGCUGAUGGUGUGUCUCCUCCUGCACAGUACUCUGCUCAGAGCCUCCACUCGGCCCAAACUCUCAGAUCACUGGAAGAGCCCUGGAAGCGCAGGUCGAUUUCCCAUAGUGAAAGGAUCCGAGGAUGAUAAUGUCGUCCCCAUCAUUAUAUGUGCAUCGGAGGAGCGUAUCGGUGCAACAAUGGCAACCAUCAACAGCAUCUAUAGCAACACAGACGCCAGUGUGUUCUUCUAUAUUGUUACUCUUCGUGACGCUGUGAAAUUGACGAGACAGUACAUAGUGAAGACUAAACUGAAAGGCAUUAAAUAUAAAAUACUGGAAUUCAACCCAAUGGUACUAAAAGGAAAGGUGAAGCCAGAUUCCUCUCGACCUGAUCUGUUGCAUCCACUCAACUUUGUGCGCUUUUAUUUACCUCUGCUUGAAAUCAAACAUAAGAGGGUGAUAUAUUUGGACGAUGAUGUCAUUGUGCAGGGCGACAUCAAGGAUCUGUUUAAUAUCAAACUGAAGCCAGGUCAUGCUGCUGCUUUUUCCACCGACUGUGACCUGCCCUCCACACAUGAGAUGGUGCGCAGCAUCGGCAUGCAGACAACCUACAUGGGCUUCCUGGACUAUAGGAAAGAGAAAGUUAGAGACCUUGGCAUCAACCCCAGAGAAUGCUCUUUCAACCCUGGAGUGUUUGUGGCAGAUAUCAGUGAAUGGAAGAAACAGAAGAUCACCAAACAGCUGGAGGAAUGGAUGGAGGAGAAUUUCAGACAGAACAUUUACAGCAGUGCAAUGGCAGGAGGCGUUGCGACUCCCCCCAUGCUAAUAGUGUUUCAUGACAAAUACACAACACUGGACCCACUGUGGCAUGUCAGACACCUGGGUUGGAGUCCAGACGCUCGCUAUUCAGACAGCUUCCUACAGGAGGCGCAGCUGCUGCACUGGAAUGGACCAUUUAAACCCUGGAAUCACCCUGCUGUUCACUGGGAUCUGUGGGAGAGGUGGUUUAUCCCAGACCCCUCCAGAAGGUUCUCCUUGGUACGACGUAAGAGCAACAGCUGAUGUCUGAGCCACAGGUGGACAUGAAGCACAUUAAGCUGGAGGCGUAAAAGAAAACAUGCAAUGAAUGCUGAGGAAAAUUAAAUGUUGUAUGAGAAGCAGUGUUGAAAGAGUAAACGUCUUUGUAUUUAUGUAUGCUAAAUACACCAAAUGUGACUAACCUGUUGCCUACAGCAACAGAUACCUGUGAGAAUAUUACCUAUACGUUCAAAGUGAAAGUGAGAAAUUCACAAGACUGAAAAGAUUCAUAAAUUGUGUAAUAAAUGUUUCAAUGCUAAACUGAAAUAAAAAUGUUCCUCUUUACUGACACAUAUGUUUCAAAUAUGGCUUUGAAAUAACAACUGUAAAUAAAUAUAUAAAAAGCAUU